AUGACACACACCAAUCUGCAAGAGCAGUAUGGCAAAGGCAAAGCUGAGAGAACUCAUGCUGAGGCAGUCAAUGCUUCAGAAGAAGCACCUGUCUCUGUGCCACCAUGCAACGACAGCGAGAAGUCCGAGGCCAAGCUGGUCACAGAACUCGAUGUCGGUUACAGUGACAUUGGAGAUAAGAACAAUCUGUUCCAAGAUCCCUUUGGCACUGGUGACAAUCGCGGCGAGGUAGAAACUGAGCCCAUUGUCAAAAUCCGGUCUUCGGGAAGAAUGACUGGGUUCGGAGCUUGCGAAUAA